AUGAAUGUUGCCCUCAGCGUGGAACUGCCUGGCUUGCGGUUUGCGAAGUGCCAUGUGACGUUCGUUCUCACGUGCGCUUCUAUUCAGAAGUUCUGGAGAGUUGGCGGAACGUUAGGUGUACAUUGUGAAUUCACCAAAGGUGGUUCAGCGGCAGGCCUGCCUACAAAGACUAUUGUUGGUAUAGUUCUGGGACUGAUCACCGCCAUCGGCAUGGUUGUUGUAACGUUGAUCAUGUUGCGGUACGUACGUCGUAGCCAGAUGCUGAAAGGCAAGUAUAACCCUUCCAAGGAAGAACUGAAGUGCACCGGAACUACCGUGUUUCUGGGCGGAUCAUGCGGUGCAUCGACAUGGCGUCAGGACAUUGCGAUUCCGUACUUGCAACGUCUCGGUAUUUCAUUCUUUAACCCGGUAAGAGACCAAGCUUGUUUGUGUUCGAAGCGCGGCGCUGCCGACGCGACUGAGCCCGCCAGUGAUGAAGUCGAUCGGUUACGUACGCUGAACUUCAUCUACUACGUGCUGCGUCAGCAGCAGAUACCGACCUGCGUUACGAUCAGCGAAGCACUGCGCUUGAUAGAGCUCAUCAUCUGCAGACAGAAGACGUUCCUUCAAGUGGUCAUGUCUCUCAGCUGGCUGAAAAUCUAUAUUGAGCUGUACGCUCAAGUGGGGCGAUUUGACGUUAUUCCGAAAGUAAAGUCUUACAAGCUGAAGUUUUUUCUUCUGCUUUUGGAGCUUACUAUUUUAUCCAUGGUCGUCGUUCGUUUUCCGUCGAUUUAUUCGGUUGUCGGCGCGGCUCUGUUUAUCAUAGUUUAUCUGCUUAUACCAGCUGCUCAAUUUUUCCUUCAGUUUUACGAUAAGUACUUACGAAAGGCGGCGCACGAUCUGUACAUAGGCGGCGAUGCCGAUCAAGUCGAGAAAAUGUUCAAGCUCAUCCACAACUACUCACAGGGUUCUUUCGAAAAGCGUUUCGAAGUUGUUGCUUCAUCUCGCUGCAUUUUUUUUGUUCUAUCGUGUACAGAAAGCUUUUUGGCCGAUUUUGUUGAGGUUGCAUAUUACAUUGGCAGUGGCUUCAGGGUAAUUGCUCACGUAGACAGCCCUCCGGCAGGGCGCGUUCGAAAUCGCUUCUUAAUCUUGGUCUGGAAGCAUACGAAGAAUAUCGACUCUUGGAAGAUGUUUGGCGAUUUUGAUCCGAUAUGUAUCGUAUGUAGCAUCUAUUUUCUUCUGUCGAAGACAACGAUGCGAGACGCGUCUGUCGCUGGCUGCGAGAACCUGUCCAGCUGUUAUCACCGAGCUGUGCUGUAUUUGAAGGAUAUGACACUAACCUGUAACGCUGUCGUGCUCGAAGAUGCUGUACUGGCGAUCAAGGUUGUGUUGGAAGAAUUCGCUGUUGUGUUCGAAAAUGACGUUAGGAUGCAGCAUCUUGGAAGCGCGGUAGUGGGCAGGAUGGCGAAGAAAUUUCACGGAGCUUUAUUACGAACCUUAAAUUUAAGCUAG